GUGCGCUCCCUCAACUGCGACCGCGAAACACCGCGGGUGGUGAAUCAACUUGUUCGGACACCGGAAAGAUUUUGCUCGAGUAAUUGAGUGGAGCGCGAGAAAAGCUGGCUAUGAUCAGAAUUCAAGAGGAGGAAGAGGAAGAGGAAAGGGGCGGUAGGAGGCCAAAAUGUGCUCGGUGUCGUAAUCAUGGUCUCAUUUCUUGGCUCAAAGGCCACAAAAGGCAAUGCAGGUUCAAAUCGUGCGUGUGUCCUAAAUGCAAUCUCAUUGCGGAGCGGCAACGGGUUAUGGCAGCUCAGGUGGCUUUGAAACGACAACAAGCAGCAGAGGAUGCUAUCGCCCUGGGCUUAGCUGCAGUCUCCACGGGGGCGCAAUAUGGAUAUUUGCCACCAGGCCCCAUUUUUGGAAUGGCGAUCACUGACCCCAAGUCCGAUUCCAAGUCCGAUGUUCAAGAGCAAACAAAUUCUGGGAGCGGGAAGCCUAAAGGUGAUGUGGAACAGCUGAUACCGCAUGAAACACCCUCCUCUUUGCCUAGUCAGUCCCCGCGUUUGGACAAAAUGAAGAAUGAUGCUGAAAGCAAACCUACGGUGCAGGAGCGAGAAAUGGAAACUGAAAAUAUUGAAGUCAUAAAAACGGAAGGCGAGAACAUAAAGAACGAAGAAUCAGAAUUAAAGGCCCAGAAAGUUUCACCGCCGAAAAACGCAAAUGCACCGACUUACUCGCAAACAUCCCUGGAAUUUUUAGUUCGCUUGUUCCCAGAGAAGAAAAGGUCGGUCUUGGAGUUGGUUCUCCGCAGAUGUGAAGACGACCUUCUAAAAGCGAUUGAGCAAUGCGUGCCCCUCACAGACAAGGCCUCUUUUCCUGGUUUCGUCAAAGGGACAGUCAAACUGCAGAACUCCGAGCCGGCGACCAAAGGUCAAUAUUCCAGCGGCGGUGGCGGUGGGAGGAAAGGCCGCGUCAUGGGGCCGCGUCACGGACACGGCUCGGCCUUCCGCCCGUUUCACAGGGCGCCACCGGAGGCGCAUCAAAGCAGCCGAUUGGAUCUCCCACGACUCGCCAUGUUCUCGCCGCCGACUCUCCUCCAACUCCCCGCCCACCACAGCUUCUCCUCGCCCACCCUCGCCAGCCUCGGGAGUGGAGCGGCUAUGGUGGGCUACGGUCAUGGGCAAGCAUCCUACCAACCACUCCAGGCUACAGCCUCGUCGACAGCAUUUCAGCUUAACUCGCUUUUGUUUCAGCAAACUCCUCCCUGUCUUAUACCUCAUUGUUCUGAGUGUUUGUCAGAAGAUUCUUAGAAAUUAAAAAUUGGUGCCGAAUAAUUUGGAAUAAGGCAAACAUGCUGAGCGUAGUCACCCAAGUAGCAUUUCUGAACGGAAAAAUCGCUAUAUAUUGCGAUUUAAUCGGUGAUAAAAUCGCCAGGAUCAGCAACAUCUGAACGAUUUUCUUCGAUCUUAUCGAAAUAAAAUCGCAAUUUUAUCGCCCGGCAAUUUAUCGCGAUAUUUUCGAGAUAA